CCGUGAGGGGAACCGGGGCGGGACUGUCGCAAUAUGUGGAAUAUGUCAAGAUUCUCUUAAAGUCAGGAUGUUUUUUGGUGUACGCUCUUUAUGUACUUUUAAGCCUGAUCAGCAAGGGAGGAGACCUAAUGAGUGCAAGGGGCAGCAGGAGCAUCCCUUAGUCAGGGACAUCUGGGAACUAACAAGAUUUAAGGAUGUAGUAAAUCAAGAUGGUGAUGGAUGUCUAUAAAUACCUGGCUAACUUGGCAAAGGACUUAAGGUCUGUGUAUCCUAGAGCUGAACUAUCUUCGUUAUAAUAUUAAAAUCACACUUAUAGGUCAAAAAGACCCUGCCCAGGUGCAGACCCAUCCUUUGGGAAUGUGGAGAAGUUCCCUGGGGUUACGUAAUUUGUACGGAAAUUACUAAAUAAUCCUAAUAAUAGAGGGGCUGUACUUGGAAAGGGACUAACUCUGAACUUCCAUGUGUAAAUAAUUUAUGGAUACUACCUCCAGUACAAACUACCAUUAGCAGCACCCAACGUGCACGAAGGGAAAACACCGGCACAGGCUGCCCGGGGCACUGGUGGAGUCACCAUCCCUGGAAGUGUCCAUAAAACUUGGCUGUGGCACUUGGGGACACGGGUUAGUGGUAACCUUGGCAGUGCUGGGUUAGUGGUUCGACUCUGAUCUUAGAGGGCUUUUCCAACCUUAAUUAUUCUGUGAAGAAUGAGAAGGAAAAGAAGGAGUGGUUACCAAAUCACCAGCAUUUGGCGUUAAUUCUUAAAGAAGGAAAAUACUGCUAACACUUUUCAGUUAAUUUGCCGUAUCUGAAGGCACAAAAAAGCGGGAUACACGAAUACCUGCUGCUCAAAGGCACUAAUGAGCAGCUAUUAGUUGUUUUGCUAAAUGCUGUAACCCGAGUCUUUGUGGUGCUCACAGGAGACAGGUGAGUGCUGCUGGAUAAGAGCCUCAAGCAGCCAGACUAAAGAUUUGAUGAAAUGCUCCUGUUAUGAUACUUUGCAGCCUGUGGAAGUUGGUUACCUGAUCCUCUGCUGUACCUCAACCUCAUUGUUGCAGCUUUUAAUAACCAAAUAUCCAGACGACCUAUAAAGGUGCCUUUGAGGAAAGAAGGAUGGGAAAAAAGUCGCCAUUCCCAGCUUGAAAUGGGCAAUAAGCAAACCAUUUUCACUCAAGAGCAACUGGAUGCAUAUCAGGACUGCACAUUUUUCACAAGGAAAGAAAUCCUGAGCUGUGAAUGGGAUCCUUUCUCUAGCGCGAGAAGAAAGCAAAGACUCGCUGAAAAAGUGGUCAAUGCAUCCCAAUCCUGAUGCACAUUUGCUGUCUCUUGAACCUGAGUUCUGUGGAAAAACAGGAAGAUACUUGGGAUGGGCUGUUUUACAGGUACCGAGAUCUGGCCCCUCAGCUCGUUCCCCUCGACUACACGGACAAACCAGCUGUGACACUGCCCUACGAGCUCAUUGCCAGCAUGCCAGAGCUCAAGGACAACCCGUUCCGGCAGCGGAUUGCAGAGGUGUUCUCGGAGCACGGGGACGGCAACAUGACUUUGGAUAAUUUUCUGGACAUGUUUUCAGUGCUAAGUGAAAUGGCUCCCAGAGACUUGAAAGCUUAUUAUGCUUUUAAAAUUUAUGAUUUUAACAACGAUGAUUACAUAUGCAAAUCAGACCUAGAGAAAACUGUUAACAAAUUAACCCGAAACGAGCUGACCCCAGAAGAAGUCAGCCUUGUUUGUGAGAAGGUGAUUUACGAGGCUGAUGUGGACAAUGAUGGCAAACUGUCCUUGGAAGACUUUCAGCACAUGAUCAUACGAGCCCCAGAUUUCCUCAGCACAUUUCACAUCAGGAUCUGAAUCCAGUGAAACACAUGGAUGGAAGCACUUCUGGAACCUUAAAAAACUAUCACUUCAUCCAAGAUUACCAACCAUAAGAGCACAAAAUGAGAGGGGCAAAGAGGACAACUUGUGAUAACUGAACCAGUCAGAAAACUGUUCUUGUUUACCUCUCUUAAAGGAUCAAUUAAUUAAGCUCUGCAGCAAGAUUUCCCUGGAAUUUAACAAAAUGUCUAUUCCCCCCUCAGCUAGAGCAAACCUGGCCUGGACAGUGAGAUGGGAAGUAUUCUUUCAAAGUUCAGAUACCACCAGGUAGUAAAGGAGCUUGUAUAGCUUCGAAAAAUUCCCAAGAAAAUGCCUUAACCAGGAAAAAACCCGCUUGGGAAUAGUUUCCAAAACACUGUCAUUAAUCAAAACUGUGUAAGCAACUCCUCUGAUCAUUUAGAGUCUUAAUAAAUGCUCCAAUUAAUCAAUUUGCAGAAGUUUUCUCCAGAGUGCAGGAUUUAUAAUGAGAAAGUCAGCAUACUUUGAUAAAAAACCCUUCCCCAAAUUCUGUCCCUCUUCUCUAAUUUCAGAAAUCCCCUGUUUUCCACAC